AUGGAUACGCGGACGGCGACGGCCGAGCUGGGCUGGAGCGCCAACCCUCCUUCGGGGUGGGAAGAAGUCAGUGGCUACGACGAAAAUCUCAACACCAUCCGUACGUACCAGGUGUGCAAUGUCUUCGAGCCCAACCAGAACAACUGGCUCCUCACCACGUUCAUCAACCGGCGUGGAGCUCACCGCAUCUACACCGAGAUGCGCUUCACUGUGCGGGACUGCAGCAGCCUCCCCAAUGUCCCUGGCUCUUGCAAGGAGACCUUCAACCUUUACUACUACGAGACAGACUCUGUCAUUGCCACCAAGAAGUCUGCCUUCUGGACGGAGGCACCCUACCUCAAAGUGGACACCAUUGCUGCUGACGAGAGCUUCUCCCAGGUGGACUUCGGUGGCAGGUUGAUGAAGGUGAACACAGAAGUGAGAAGUUUCGGGCCCCUGACCCGCAAUGGCUUUUACCUGGCUUUCCAGGACUACGGAGCUUGUAUGUCUCUGCUGUCCGUCAGGGUCUUCUUCAAGAAGUGCCCCAGUGUGGUGCAGAACUUCGCCAUCUUCCCAGAGACAAUGACAGGAGCGGAGAGCACCUCUCUAGUGACUGCCCGCGGCACCUGCAUCCCCAACGCCGAGGAGGUGGACGUGCCCAUCAAACUGUACUGCAACGGGGAUGGGGAGUGGAUGGUCCCCAUCGGCCGCUGUACGUGCAAGGCUGGUUAUGAGCCGGAGAACAACGUGGCUUGUAAAGGUAAAGUUGGCUUUGGGUAA